AUGGCUCUGGUCAUGGAGCCUAUUAGCAAGUGGCUGCCUAAGCAAGUGGUGGAUUGGCUGAAAGGUCUUGAUGACUGUGUCCAACAGUACAUCGAUAACUUUGAGGGCGAAAACGUCAAUGGAGAACAGCUGCUACGCAUAACAGAUCAAGAACUUGAGGACCUAGGAGUGAUCAUUCCUGAUCACCAAGAAAUCAUUUUAGAAGCAGUUGAUUUACUGAGUAUAUUGAACCAUGAAUUAGAAACUGAAAAUCUGAGAUCUCUUGCUCACAAGCUGAAUGUGGCCGCCAAAAGCCUACAGGGCUUUCUAGCUGGACGAAGGAGGAGCGGCCUCACCGGUCUUAGAACAUACAGACAACUACCGAAUAACUGUCUCACUGCUGUAGUUGACCUGAUUGGUGUUGCCAAGAAAUUACUGGCCUGGCUCGACAGGCUUCCAUUUGUCACUGUGACAGAAUACGGGGUCCUGAAAAACAAGAUUGUUCAACUCUGCCUGCAGUUAACGACUAUUGUGCAACAGGACCCUAAAGCAAAAAACAUGGAUUUGUGGGAUAAAGACCUGUCAGAACAAGCAGAUGCUGACUCUUCAAAGGGUGAAGAAGAAGUCAAGAUUUUGCAUGUGUGCAAAAGUUUGACUGGAAUCUGUGAGGCUAUAAUUUCUCUGUCUUCUGAUACUCUAUCACCUCACUCUGGACACUUAGAAGUUGUCUACAUCAACAACACAGCAACCAGUGAGGGACUGUCCAAUGUUGACCAGUGCAAGCAAAUUGAUCCUGGGGAUGAAGUGAUCCAGGUUAAUGAUCAGACUGUGGUUGGGUGGCAAUUAAAGAACCUAGUGAGCAUAAUGAAGGAAGACCCACGUGGAGCCCGUGUGACCCUAAAGAAGCAUCCUCAGAACAUUACCGGCAAUUCUUCUUCGAUUGUGAAGAACGUGAGGUGGGAGCCUCAUCCACUGGAGGGUUUAGGUGCAACAGGGGUAAGCAGGCCCACAGAAUCUGUUAGCACCAUGACCGUGGACCAACAUACCCAGGUGGAAGAGGAGAGAUUCUUUCAUUCACCCCUGCCUGGACAACAUAGGCCAAGGGAUGACAUACCAAGAAUAUCUUACGAAGACUUCAGCGAACCUGGUGCUGGAAGAUCUGCAGCAGGCAGACCAGUAAGGAGAGAUGGUGGGCCUACUGGCUUAUUUGUAGAACCUGGAACCUUGAAAUACUACACAUUAGUUGAAGGUGAAAGCCGUCCGACUAGCAGCGAGCAUCGGAGAGGAAGAUCUACAAGCGUCGGAAGAAAAGAUAGGCAUUCUCCCCAAGGUGAACCUAGACCUGUUUCCAUGCCCCCCGAAUAUGGCUGGGUGAGAGAUUCCAGAGAACAUGGAAUGCACAGACGAAGUGGCAGAGCCCCAGAAUCUGAGAGUUCAAUGAUGCAAUACCUGGGUGAUGACAGGAUGUUGGCGUACAGAGAUGAAUCUUCAAAGCGUAAAGAAAAGAAGGAUUCAAGCCGAAAGUCUAAGAAAAAGAGCAAACAUUUAAGCAGCUCUAACUACCCUAUCCACCCACCGAUGCUGUCCUCUGCUGCUGGGCCUCGAAUGGACUCCAGGCAGCCUGAUGUCUUGAAUUUUACUAUGCCUGAGGGCCGGGCUAUGGCAGUGUCUCAGAGAGGCGGAGACAACAUCCGUGGAGAUUCCGACAGAUAUGCUAGCUCUGCUGCUGACCGCCAGGGAGGCAUAUCCAUGAAGAAGUCUUUCCACUACACUUCCUUGAGAGAAAAAACCAAGAAAUGGUCCAGAGGGAGUUCUUGGAACAGUGGAAGCCGAAGACGCAUCUCCUGCAAAGACUUGGGCCAUGGAGACUGCGAAGGCUGGCUGUGGAAGAAGAAUGAUGGCAAAGGCUAUUUCACCCAAAAAUGGAGAAAAUACUGGUUCAUUCUAAAAGAAUCGUCCCUCUACUGGUAUACCAACCCAAAUGACGAAAAAGCCGAGGGAUUCAUCAGUUUACCUGAAUUCCGCAUUGACCGAGCUAGCGAGUGCCGACGGAAAUAUGCUUUCAAAGCUUGUCACCCCAAAAUUAAGAGUUUCUUCUUUGCAACUGACUGUCUGGAAGAAAUGAAUCACUGGAUGAACCGUCUGGGACUUGCAGCCAUUGGUUAUUCCCCUGAUGAAAAAGAUAUCCAACCACGUGAAGAUUACUGGAGUGAAAGUGACCAUGAUGAUGCUGAAGGCUCUCUGACCUUGAGACUGGAAGGUGCCAUGGCUCUCAAUGAUGUCAGUGUCAGUCAUCGACCAUCUUCAGGCACUUCUACAAGUCCAUUUCCAGAAUCUAAACAUCUUUUGAAUCCAUACUUGGAACCCCCACAUCUUUCGACUGCAUUCCUGGAACGCAAACACCAUGCGGGCCAAUUCCCAGAAACAAAACACCACGCAAGUCCAUACCUGGAACCACCACGUGGCCCAAGCCCAUUCCCAGAAGCCAAACGUGGCCCAAGCCCGUUCCCAGAAGCCAAACGUGGCCCAAGCCCAUUCCUGGAUCCCAAGCGUGGCCCAAGUCCAUUCCUGGAACCCAAACGUAGCGCAGGUCCAUUCCUGGAUCCCAAACAUGGCCCAAGUCCAUUCCUGGAACACGCAUAUGGUGCCAAUCCAUUCCUGGAUCCCACACUUGGCACAAAUCCAUUCCUGGAAACCAAACGUGGUGCUUGCGCAUUCCCAGAAACCCAACGUGGUGCCAGUGCACUCCCAGAGCCCAAACGUGGUGCAGGCAUGUUCCUGGACCUCCAACGCGGUGCCGGUCCUUUUCCAGAUUCCAAACGUGGUGCAAGUCGGUUCCCAGAACCCCAACGUGGUGCCAGUCUGUUCCCGGAACAUGGUGCAAAUCCAUACCUGGAAUCCAAGCAUGGUGCCAGUCCCUUCCGAGAAACCACUCACCGUGGUACAAGUCCCUUCCCAGAAAUCAAACGUGGUGCAAGUCCCUUCCUGGAAUCCAAACCUGGUGCAAGUCCAUACCUGGAAUCUAAACACGGUGCCAGUCCAUUCCUGGAAUCCAAACGCGGUGCAAGUCCAUACCUGGAAUCCAAACGCGGUGCCAGUCCAUUCCCAGACCCCAAACGCGGUGCAAGUCCAUACCUGGAAUCCAAGCAUAGCCCAGGUUUUUGCCUGGAAUCCAAACAUGGUCGGCACUUUUCAAGUGAGUCCACCUAUUCUUAUUCUUCUACUGAAGAGGCUCGACAGGAAGCCACAGGAAGUAGGGAGUCAUCUAGCCACCGAAGGCUCCAUGGGGAAAGGCGCUCCUGGCAAGACCUCAUUGAGACACCAUUGACAAGCUCGGGACUUCAUUUUCUCCAAACCGGUCCUAUCGAAGAUGAUUAUGUGUUCGGCCUAACUCUCGUGUCACCAGAUAAGCGACGACAAGCAACCCUGCCAGCCCAGAAAUACAACAUCAAUGACCAAGAAGGGCCUUUCCCACUGAUUCCCUACCAGCAGGAUCAUGGGUCCCAUGCAAGGCCCCAAAAGCAACGUAGUCAGAGUCUGCCUCGGAACAGAGAUGUCAGGAGCAAAGGCCAAAUCAAGGCAUCAGAGCUAACAGAGAUAGAGGAAGACCAAUUUCUCAUUAAGAAACAAAAUAGUUUCGAUGAGGAAGGAAAAUUUGACGCUUCCGGAAGUUCUUGA